UUCUCUGGUUGGCUGAUUUUGCUAGUGACGUUGUGAUUCAGCUUCCCGUUUUGUAACACAAGUCAACGUGCCACUGGUUACCAAACAUCAUCGACCAAGUGCUAUUGUAACUGUUUAUGGUUUUAAGGCACUAUUAAGGUUCACAAGGCAUGGCUCAUACAUGUAUUCACUGGUUCCGCAAGGGACUCCGAUUGCACGACAACCCAGCACUGAUGGCUGCUUUGAGGGACUGUAAGGAACUGUACCCUGUGUUCAUUCUGGACCCUUACCUCCAUAACAACACCUGUGUGGGUAUCAACCGCUGGAGGUUCCUCGUCGGAGCCCUCAUAGAUCUGGACUGCAGCCUCAGGAAACUCAAUUCCAGGCUGUUUGUUGUGAGAGGGAAGCCCGAGGAAGUGUUCCCCAAGCUGUUUGACAAGUGGAAAGUAACAAAGUUGACCUAUGAGUAUGACACAGAGCCCUACAGCCUGAGCCGGGAUAAAAAAGUGACCACACUGGCCAAAGAACAUGGAGUCGAAGUCAUCUACAAGAUCUCACACACUCUUUAUGAUGUAGACAGGAUAAUUGAGGAAAACAAUGGGAAGGCUCCCCUUACAUAUAACCGAAUGCGGGCAAUAGUGAAGACUCUUGGUCCCCCUAAGAGACCCAUCCCAGCUCCAAUCAUGGAAGAUACAAAAGACGUGAAGACGCCUUGUUCAGAAAACGAUGAAGAAAUGAAGAAAUAUGGAAUCCCUACGCUGGAGGAGCUCGGCCAGGACACGGCAGCUCUUGGACAGGAGCAGUUCCCAGGAGGAGAACAGGAGGCUCUGAGGAGACUAGAUGAACAUAUGCAAAGAACGGGAUGGGUGUGUGGCUUUGAGAAGCCGCAGACUUCUCCGAACUCUUUGAGCCCCAGCACCACUGUCCUCAGUCCAUACGUCACUUUUGGCUGCCUGUCUGCACGCACCUUCUGGUGGAGGCUUACCGAUGUCUAUCAGGGGAAGAAGCACUCUGAUCCUCCAGUUUCCCUCCAUGGCCAGCUACUGUGGAGAGAGUUCUUCUACACCGCUAGUGUGGGUAUCCCUAACUUUGACAAGAUGGAAGGGAACCCUGUGUGUACCCAGGUGGAUUGGGACACAAAUCCCGAUUAUCUGGCUGCGUGGAGAGAGGCUCGGACUGGUUUCCCCUUCAUCGAUGCCAUCAUGACUCAGUUGAGGCAGGAGGGCUGGAUCCACCACCUGGCCAGACAUGCUGUUGCUUGUUUUCUCACCAGGGGAGAUCUGUGGAUCAGCUGGGAAGAAGGGCAGAAGGUGUUUGAGGAGCUUUUAUUGGAUGGCGACUGGGCUCUGAAUGCUGGAAACUGGCAGUGGCUCUCAGCGAGUGCCUUCUUCCACCAGUUCUUCAGAGUCUACUCCCCUGUCGCAUUUGGCAAGAAGACAGACAAAAAUGGAGACUACAUCAAAAAGUACCUUCCUCUCCUGAAGAAGUUCCCGGCCCAGUAUAUCUAUGAGCCUUGGAAAGCUCCACGCAGUAUCCAGCAGGCGGCAGGAUGCAUUGUGGGGCAAGACUACCCGCAUCCCAUAGUUCAGCAUGAAGUGAUCAGCAAAAAGAACAUCCAGAGGAUGAAGUUAGCUUAUGCCAAGAGAGCAGACCCUGCAGAAUCACCCAACAAAUCACCCAGCAAAAAACAAGGUGUAAAACGCAAGGCUCCAUCUGUCAUUGACAUGAUGAAGAAGAAAGAUAGAAAAAGGUAAUAGUACACAGAUGAAUGCAAAGUAAUAGGGUUCUUGUGUAAUCUAUGACAUUCAUUACAAAUCAUUGAAUAUAUACGGUUUGUCUCAUUUAUGUGUGCCGGCAGUCUACAAUGUCUGCUUUUUUUAUUACACACUUCAUUACUAUUUUAUUUUUUGAAUUCUGUUUUUAUUUUGCAUAUUGUAUUUCAAUGCUUAAAAGUGAUUGUUACAGGUUAUACUUGAAUGUUUCUUGCUUGGUGAUUAAGUUAAAAUGUAUCAGGAUUGAUGGUCUCAUCUUGUUCAAGGCUGCAGUUUGUAUUGAGACGAGGUUGUGUCUGCUUCAAGUUGGCCUUUUUAUUGUUUUCUGUAACUGUAAAUGAUAUCUUGACUUACUUUUUUUUUUUUACUAU